ACAAGACUUCCGAGCGAGAAGUUGGAUGAUUCUAGACAGCUCCCCAGCAAUAUGAGUGAAUUCUAUCCUAUUCACCGGAACUCGUUGAACAUACACUAUGACAACGCGCAUCGAAUAGAGGAUGUCCUGGGCGUCCAAUACGAAGAGUCUCUGUUGCUGACAAUUACAAAGGAACUGUGCCCAGUUCGGUCCUUCAAGGCAUUAAAAUAUCAUCCAUUGGCAUCCAAACGACGAUCUGACAAAGUACUUGUCAAUUCUAAAGAUCCGUCUAAACCUUUGAAAACCACCACUAUUUCCACAUGAUUUCGCGAAUUGGUGCGUCUCUCGACUUCGCAAAGUCGGUUCCUUCAGUCCGCUUCAUCGCUUGCGAUCUGGCCUUAGCUCGCGACGCUCUAUUGUCCGU